AUGCUGACUAGCAGCAUCUACAAAAGUCAUCGACCGGCUUCGGCUUCAUGCACGAGGACGAGCUGCCGGCCCGCGACUGCACAUGAAGAGAAGAAAUGGCUGAAGAUGGUGAAGAAGUGGGACAAAUACAAGAACAGUGACAGGAUGGUGAAGCGGGUCUACAAGGGCAUCCCCCUGCAGCUCCGAGGCCGCUGGGCGCUGAUGCUGGACGUGGAGAGGACCAAGAAGGAGAACGAGGGCAAAUACGAGAUAAUGAAGGAGCAGGCGAGGCUGUGCUCGUCUGAGAUCAAAACAAUCGACCUGGACAUCAACAGAACCUUUCGGAACCACAUCAUGUUCAUGGAUCGCUUCGGAGUCAAGCAGCAGUCUCUCUUCCAUGUCCUGUCUGCAUAUUCAGUCUACAACACAGAGGUGAGCUACUGUCAGGGUAUGAGUCAGAUCGCCGCCCUGCUGCUCAUGUACAUGAACGAGGAAGACGCCUUCUGGGCGCUUUCACAGCUGCUGACCAACCAGAGACACGCCAUGCACGGCUUUUUCGUACCCGGUUUCCCCAAACUCCAGCGGUUCCAGACGCAUCACGACCAGAUUAUCUCCAAACUCAUCCCCAAGCUGAAGAAACAUCUGGACAGAGAGCAGAUGUCUGCAGGGAUCUACAGCACCAAGUGGUUCCUGCAGUGUUUCAUCGACAGGACGCCGUUCACCCUGACCCUCCGCCUGUGGGACAUCUUCAUCCUGGAGGGCGAGAGGCUGCUCACCGCCAUGUCCUACACCAUCCUCAAGACACACAAGAAGCGUCUGUUGAAGAUGUCGCUGGAGGAGCUCAGAGAGUUUCUGCAGGAGAGAAUCGCUCAGACUUUCUUCUACAGCGACGACGUGAUCAUCGAGCAGCUGCAGGCCGCCAUGACAGAGCUGAGGAAGAUGAAGCUGGACCUUCCUCCUCCAGGGAAGCCAGAUGAGUUGCCUCGUAAGCCGCUGGGUCAGGAGCUGCCGGUGCUGCUGAGUCCGGUCCAGGCCUCCAGAGGGAAGCCGUCCUCAGCCAGCAGGUUCCCCAGAGCGGGCCUGAGCCUCCACAUCAUCUCCCACCAGCCGGACUCCAUCUCCCCGGACCAGAGCCCCUCCAAGGACCCACGGGAUCUGGAUGCUGUGGACCAGGAGGACGUCCCGCUGCCUUCCCCAGAUCCCAUCAUCAUCCACAGCCAGGCCCCGCUGACUCCCGACGGCUCCCCGCUCACCGGGCCCCCGCCUUACCGGCCGCCGGGGAGCCAGUCAGAGGAGGCGGCGGAUCAUCUAUCUGCACUGCCAGACCAGGAAGGAGACGAAACGCAGCCUGACGUCUCUACAGCUCCUCCCUCACCUCCAGAAAUAACCGAUGCCUCUACAGACGACACCUCUUCAGCUGCUCUGCUCUCCUUCAGGGUCCCGCGGACUCUCUCGGCUCCCGUCGCCCAGGCGGCCUCACCGGCUUCUGGUCUGACCCAGUCGGAGAGUCUGUCGGCGGCAGAGAGAGCCGAGGAUGACUACCUGGCCCAGCUGCUGGAGCAGGCCUCAGCUCUGCCCUCCAACAGGAAACAGGACUCAGAGGAAACAGCAGACAUCUCAUGAAAAGAGCAUUUAAAAAAAAGAUUUAUGAUGUGCUUCUAUAUGUAAAAAGGUCCGUUUUGGUGGUUUAUGUUAAUUUGGUACCACCGGAGAACAACUUAUGAGUCAGAUUUACAGUGUUGAGCAAUAAUUGCUUUAAAAAGUGACCAAUAUUGAUGAAAUUUGUGAAUUUUAAAGAGGUAAUAUGUAUAUUAUCCGACUUUCUAAAACGUUUUGUAGUGACUGUAAGAAGCAGUUUCCUCCUUUUAAGGUAUUUAAAUCAGUUUUCAUGUGAUGCGACAGUCUGACUGUCGCCUCGCCUCCUCUGUAGGUGUUAAACUGUCACCUGAAGUGCAACAACAAACAUGUUUGAAAAUGUCAGUGAAGAUUCUCAGUCAUCCAGGUCAGCUCACUCGUAGGUGAAGUCAACAUGCGUCUGGUCCGAAAACACUCACAUUAUUUAUCGAGGAUUUGUGAAUUUCAGCAUUUGUAGAGACGAAUGCGUCCUUGAAGGAAACCUUCACCUUGCUGCAGCUAAAUCCUGAUGUGCCCUUUUCCACACUCUUUUAUUUUCAAGAAAAUAAGGCUUUUUAAGGAUUACACAAGUCUGUCUUAACACAACUCUCACAUGUCAGUGAGUAUCCUGAAAGAAUGAUGAAUGAAUAUUUAAAUGUCCAAAUAACCUAGACAGGUAAUUUACCAAGGUUUUGUGGGUAAAAUUUAACUGUAUCAUUAUACAAAACUUCAACUUUAAUAUCAUAAUGAUAUUCACCUAAAUGGAGUGUUCUUUUUCUGCAAAAGAAAACUAAAAAAAAAAAAAAAAAAAUCAGUACCUGUUUACAGUGACUACAGUUGUGUGAAUGUUAGAGGGUAGAAAUAAACAGCAGGUGGCGCCAAUUCUGCAAUUAAUGCCAUUGAACCAUAAAAAAUGGAAUUAAAGGAGCUCCCGUCCAACCCUUAUAUAGUAAAAAAUGAGGGUUAGUUUCUUGCAUUACCACCCAAAAGCCCUUUUUUCCAGUUCAGCACUGCACACUGUUAAUAAAGAUGAACAUAUUUGAUUUAGGAAAGUCUCAUCUUUGCAAAGCUAGCAUAAAUAUUCUUUUAUUUAUUAUUUUUUUGCACAACAAGACCCUAAACAUGUGCUAUAUAUCAAUAAAUGUUACAUAAUACACAAAUGAGAUGUACUGAAAAAUAUUUUUGGGAUUUAGCAUCUUUCCAAAAUUUGUGAUACGUAAUGUUGGCGAAAGAUGCAAUUCACUAAUCAGUUUCACACAAAAACAAAUAAUACUUUACUAGUACUUUUGUUUUUUGACAAACUAAGACUUUCUUGACCUGCAAACUGACAUGUUAAGAUGAUUUAAUUCAUGACACAAAACGCACACUACGCUAAUGAACAUGAACAUAUUUGAUAUUGCAGCAUUCUGGAAAUCCUCAUCUUUGCUGAAAUAGGAUUGAUUGACUUCUGUUUUUCUGUAUUUUGCAUGGUGGCAGCCUAAACACAUCACAGCAUUUAAACGGCUAAAGUUACAGGAUUACAGAUAUUCCGCAAAUUAAAUGUCCUUUAAAGGCUUUUUUCAAAAUUGGUGUAUUUGACAUAUUUUAAAGAAUAUGCUCAUGUAAUGUUGGUUUUCAUUAUGUAUAUUGAACAAGAAAAGAAGUGUAAUUCACUGAGCAGGUUCACACAAAAAUUAAGUGUUUUACUGUCUUUGUGACAAACUGAACCUUUCUUCACUUGAAAUAUUCUGUUUUCAAUUGACAAACAUCAUAUGUGUAAUUUAUAUCAAAAUUCAAACGGGAUCAGUAAAUCAUUUGUCUCAUUUUUUCUGAAAUAAGGUCAGAUCAAGUGCCCUCUGAAGGAGCAGGAAAUCACUUUUAUACAGUUUAAAUGCCUGAGUAUUUACCACAAAGGGAGGAUCUAAUGAGAAUAAGCUUCAUAUUGCAUCAUGGGAAAUGUAGGAAUUAGUGUUUUUGGAGCUGAACCCACACUAGGAAUUAAAUGUUGUCUUCUGAUUUCAUGAAAAAGGAUUCUGCCAACUGCAAACAAGACAAUUUAUGGUUUAAAUGACAUAAAAAUACCAAAUAUUACUUAAAAAUGGACAUUUGUGAUUAUUAAAUUACUUUAAAACUCACUAAAAAUCCUGAUGUGUGCAGAAGACAUCUCACCACUGCCAAGAUUAUUGUGUUUCUAAAGAUUUCUCCCUAUAAUAAUUAUAAAUUUUGUGCACAAAGGAUGUUUUCUUGCAUUUUGAGAAUUUGUGUUCAGAAUCCUACAAUCCCACUGACUGACACUGAACUCCUGUCUGAAUUACCUGGAAAGUCCUGUGGAAGGACUGGAAGCCUCCGAGGCAUCGCCCUUUACAACAACAACAACAAAAAACUUUUUGUAGUUUUGUAAUAGUUUUGUCAGAUAACACAACGUCUGCUCGGUCAGCCUUUGUAAAGCGUUUGCUAGCAGAGUUACACUUUUAUUUUUUGUACUAAUGUCUCGAUGCCUUAUUUGGAUCGGCUUCAGUUCUCCUGUUGGUGACGUUGAACCUAAAUCUGACUCUGAAUGAGGGAACUUUCAGGUGUUGGACUGAAAAACCUCUGACAUGGUGAGCUGGCUCACUGUUAUGAUUGUACUCACUGAAACCUGUUGAGCUCAUUUUAAAGAAGUGUUGUUUUUUUUUUUUUAGCUCAGUAAUUUAUUGUUUUAAUCCUCAUUUAAACAGCCGCUCUUGUGCUUGUCUUUUCCUCCUCGAAGGGUGAAAAUAGACCUUUUUUUUUUUAAUGUUCCAUACAAGGAACUGGAUGCUUCAGAGUAUUUUAAACUUGUGUUUAGGAUUGUACAGUAUUGUAGAACCAGUAGGUAAACAGAGUUAGGACAGAUCUCUACAGCUUUGUGCUUAGAAAUAAUGAAAUGCUGACAUCCUGUGGUUGGUUUAGGCUAAGAGUAUCUCUACAGAGAUACGCAGUAGAAGAGUAGACAUGUAGAAAAGUUUUCCAAAUAAGAAGAAAAACUAAUCAGAUCUUGCAUUUGAAUGCUAUUAUUUUGAAUUAUGUGAAUAUGCUUUAUGAUAUCUGACUAUAUUUCAGUGCUGAAACUCAAAAUGGUUUGAAAAAUUGUGUGUCAAAGUAGCUGCAGUUGAACAAAUUUGGUGGUCUUCAGUGUCUUUAAAUGAGUUCUGGUUAUAGUGACAUUGUUGAGGAGUUUGAAGAAACGCUGGAGCUGAAACAAUACAACUUUUAUCUGCCUUGG